UCGGCCGCCUGGCAGCCGGAACGCCCCGGCCGGGGCGGGCCCUGACGGUGAAAAGGCGUCCGUGGGAGAGGCGGCGCCUCUGAGCCGCGGCGCCUGACGGGAUCCGCCGAUGUUGGCACAUUCCCGGCUGCCGAGCCUCCUCCUCCUCCUCCCCCGGCUGCGCGCCCUCGCUCCCGGCCUCGCCAUGAGCUCCGCCACCGGCACCGUCACCGUGCAGCAGCCGCUCAACUACCGCUCGGGCAGCCGCGUCCAGCCCGCCGACGGCGGGCAGCUGGAGGAGGUGUUCGAGCCGGCCACAGGUCGUGUGCUGUGCAAGCUGCCCUGCUCUGGGGAGAAGGAAGUUGAUCUGGCUGUGCAAAGUGCCAAAGCUGCCUUUAAAAUAUGGAGUCAGAUGUCGGGCAUGGAGCGGUGCCGGGUGAUGCUGGAGGCUGCCAGAAUUAUUCGGGAGCAGAGAGAUGAAAUUGCCACCAUGGAGACCAUCAACAAUGGGAAAUCCAUCUUUGAAGCCAGAGUGGACAUCGACAUAUCCUGGCAGUGCCUGGAGUAUUACGCAGGGCUGGCAGGAUCUCUGGCGGGUGAACACAUCCAGCUUCCAGGGGGAUCCUUUGGGUACACUCGGAGAGAACCACUUGGGGUGUGUGUUGGGAUUGGAGCCUGGAAUUACCCUUUCCAGAUUGCCUGCUGGAAGUCUGGCCCGGCCUUGGCUUGUGGCAAUGCGAUGGUCUUCAAGCCUUCACCCUUCACCCCCAUUUCUGCAGUGAGGUUGGCAGAGAUCUUCACAGAGGCUGGAGUGCCCAAGGGGCUUUUCAAUGUGGUGCAGGGUGGGGCUGCCACGGGCCAGUUCCUCUGCCACCACCCAGAUGUGGCCAAAAUCUCUUUCACUGGCAGUGUGCCAACUGGCAUGAAGAUCAUGGAGAUGGCAGCUAAAGGGAUAAAGCCAGUCACCCUGGAGCUGGGGGGCAAAUCCCCCCUUAUCAUCUUCUCAGAUGCUGAUCUGGAGAAUGCUGUGAAGGGAGCCCUCAUGGCCAACUUCCUUACUCAGGGUGAGGUGUGCUGCAAUGGCACCCGGGUGUUUGUGGAGAGGAAGAUCCUGGAUACCUUCACAAAGGAGGUGGUGAAACGCACCCAGAAAAUCAAAAUUGGAGACCCACUUCUGGAAGACACACGGAUGGGAGCCCUCAUCAACCGGCCCCACCUGAAUCGUGUGCAGGGCUUUAUCAAGCAGGCAAAGGAGCAGGGGGCAGAGGUGCUGUGUGGUGGGGACCUGUAUGUGCCAGAUGACCCAAAGCUGAAGAAUGGCUACUACAUGCGCCCCUGUGUGUUAGGGAACUGCAAGGAUGACAUGACGUGUGUGAAGGAAGAGAUCUUUGGGCCUGUCAUGGCCAUCCUGCCCUUUGACACAGAGGAGGAGGUUGUGGAGAGAGCCAAUGCCACCAAAUUUGGCCUGGCAGGUGGUGUAUUCACCAGGGAUAUCCAGAAGGCUCACAGGGUAGUGGCUGCUCUCAAGGCCGGGAUGUGCUUCAUCAACAACUACAACAUCAGCCCUGUGGAGCUGCCUUUUGGAGGAUACAAGUCCUCAGGAUUUGGCAGGGAGAACGGCCGGGCAGCCAUCGAGUACUACUCGCAGCUGAAGACUGUCUGUGUGGAGAUGGGUGAUGUGGAGUCGGUGUUUUAGUGGCUCUGGGGCCUGCUCAGGGGAG